CGAGAAUAAAACGUUGAUUUGUGAAACAUUUCAUUGCUGCUGUUUUCGCUUAGUUUGAAAAUGGAUUCCAAGCGGCGCAAAGUGAAACGCGAGCGUGGCGGCCUGAAGCUGGAGCCUGGACCAUCAGCGCUGCCCCAGUUGAAGCUUGAGCAAGGAUUGACGCGAGGGCUGGUGGAGUACGAGUCCGGCGGGGUGAAGCGGGAGACCCGCAAGGUGAAGCUGGAGCCAAAGCCGAACCUCUCGGACUCGCUCAAGUUCUGCUACGAGAUCCUCAAAGUGCUGUUCAGCAAGAAGCACAGGGCCAUUGCCUGGCCCUUCUACGCACCGGUGGAUGUCAAGAAACUUCGCCUGUACGACUACCUUGACGUAAUCAAGCAGCCCAUGGAUCUGGGCACCGUCAAGCGUAAAAUGGAGAAUCGCGAGUACAGCAAAGUCGCGCAAUUUGCAGCCGACAUGCACUUGAUGUUCAGCAAUUGCUACAAGUACAAUCCGAAAACCCACGAUAUCGUGAUUAUGUGCGAGAAGUUGGAGAGUCUCUUUGAGAAUCUGUACGCUCAGGUACCCAGCGAGUCGGAGGACAGCAGUGGCUCGUCGAGCAGCGGCUCGGACUCCAGCGACAGCAGCGACUCGGAGAGCGACUUCAGCUACUUGGACGAGGAGGUCAGAGGCAAGCUGGGAAUCGUCCAGGCCAAGUUGGGCAAGCUUCAGUCCCAAAUGAGCAAUCUCACGGAGGAGCAUCGUCAACUGUUGGAGGAGCAGAGCAAACAGAAGGAUGCCGCGAUCAAGUUCGAUGCCAGGGGCUCAGUCAUUGAUGGUUUAAUAGUCAGGCUUCAGGCGCAAGAAAAGAAGCUCUCCGCUGAGGUUCUUAACCUAAAACAUGCCAUUACGCAAGACAGUGACAAUUCCAGCGACUCGGACAGCGAGCCCAGCCAGGGCAACGGCCUCGAAUCCAGGCUGGAUAUCGCCAAACACAAGGCGAGCGUGGUCCUCUCCAAGUUGCAGGACCUUAUGGCGGCGGAUCGCCAGGUGAAAAGGGAUAAGAAGAAAUUACAGAUCUCGGUGGAGAAGCUCCAUGCCAGGGAACAAAUCCUCCAUCAAAAGCGAAUCGAUCUUGAGAAUAAGAUGGCAAAAAUCAACGGGGAAAUUGCCAUGCUGAUGCAGAAGAAACAGCGGCCGAUUUGGACAAUUGGACAGCCGAUUGGAGUCAAGAAAGCUGUGCGUGGCAAAGAUGUAUACGAAAAGUGAGACUAAGCUUAGGGCAGCGUUGAGGGAGAUGUUGUAGGAGUUGGCCUACGGGGAAGAGCAACUGGCACAUAUAUUUACCCAGCCCAGUGACAGAACCAGCCAUAGACAACACCAGAAAGAGAGAGAGAGAGUCAAAGAAGACACACAAGAGCCAGCGGCAAGCGCAACUAACAAAGGUACGAUAAUCAAAGAAACCCAAACAAAUAUGGCUGAGGAAUAGCCCAUAGAUU